CUUUUUUACGGCCGCACUCCUCGGGAUGAUACUGUCUUUUGCCUUGAGUACGGUAGGAUCAGGGUCACCUGAUAAGCCAACCAGCGUGCGUCUCGGGAUGACUAAUCGGUUCGGGACGCGAAUAUCACGGAACGAUGCUUUGAACUCGGGUACUGUGGCAUACAGAGUAGACAGGUGGCAGAUGGGGAAGGUAUUGUCAAAUUUUAUUAAAGGAUGGGUAACACAUACCAAUCGCCUAUGCGUAUCCGUGCACAAUUGACA